GCCGGGUGGCUCCGGGCCCCGGGGGGGUUCGUGGCCACCUACACGCACGGGUGGGUCCCCCCCGGCCCCCCCGUGGCCAUGGGCACCUACGGGGCUCUGGUGGCCUGCGGGGGGCCCGGCCCGGGGCCCCCCCCGGCGGAGCUGCGGGAGUUGGGGCGCAGGGUGGCCCAGCACGUGGUGGGGUUGGCGCCCACCGCGCUGGGGACCCCCGAGGACGAGCUGGGGGGGGACGGGGAGACGCGGCUGCUGGCACAGGGGACCCUCCUGGAGCCGGGGGUGCCCCUGGGCCGGUACCUGCGGGACCGGGGGGGGCUCCAGGUCUGGGACUUCCUGCGCUUCCAGUGCGGGGAGGAGCCCCCCGAGGAGCCCCCCCGGGACCCCCCCGCGUCGCCGGCAUGAGGGGGUGUGGCUCGGCCCCUCCCCCGGAGCCAGUUUGGGGGGCCCCGCCCAGAUUUGGGGGGGAUGAAGCUGAAUAAAGGUGUGAAGGAA